UUUGCCUGGCUCACGUGAACCGGGAUGAGGAUGCCAUUUCCACCUGGGAGAAGCCACGUGAUCAGGCCUUCUCAGCAGCCUCCAUUGGUGUCAGGGGGAACAGGGCAUUUGGCUGUUGCUGGUCUGCCUUUCCAGGACUAGCAUCCAUGGAAGAUGGGGGUCCAUCACCAACCUGGGAAGAUGUGGGAGGUGAGCGCCUCAUUCCAGAGCCAGAGGCUGUGGCGACUUCCCCCUUCUAUCUUCAACCUAGGCUAAUGACAGCUGGCAGAUGCUUGGCCAUGAUGACAGGUCUUUUCGAAGAUGUAUUUUUACCCUCUGGACAAACAGCAGUUGGCAGGAGUGGGGCGUUUUUAUGAGUUGAGGUACUCAGGACUGGAAAAUAAACAGCCAGUUAAUGAUCCGGUCUUACGGAAACUUGCACAAAUAAUAACAAAGAAAACAUCCCGUCCGUCGUGCCUGGGUGAGGGGAUAUAAAAGCUGCCGUCCAGCUGGCUGGCCACGGUCAGUCGUGGGGAACUCCGGCUGCGUUACUGACCUGCGAGCUGACAGGCCGGGACCAUGGGGUGCUGCCCGGGGGACUGCUUCACCUGCUGCACCCAGGAGCAAAACUGCUGUGAAGAGUGCUGCUGUCAGCCGGCCUGCUGUGGCUGCUGCGGCUCCUGCUGUGGCUGCGGGGGCUCUGGCUGCGGGGGCGGCUGCUGCGGAUCGUCCUGCUGUGGAUCUGGCUGCGGGGGUGGCUGCGGAGGCUGCGGAGGCUGCGGGGGUGGCUGCUGCGGAUCCAGUUGCUGUGGGUCCAGUUGCUGCGGCUCCGGGUGCUGUGGGCCUGUGUGCUGCCAGCCCACACCUGUAUGCGACACAAAAUGAAGACCUCCGCCACUGAUGUAGUCCCACCGAAAGCCUCCAUCUGCUCCAGGGCGACAGCCCCUCGUGUACAGAACCUUCCAUGCCCCCAAGACAGUGUCUUGCCUUUCUCUGAUUUGUAGAGGAGGGCUUGUUCUCCAACGCCUGCUCUGGUAUUUCAAGGCACUGAGAACAGGAGCCAUACUCUGAUGAAACAUUAAAACUGGGUCACAACAAAGUGACCCCAAGCUCAAGGGUGAAUCUCCAAUACUUAUUGAUUCACGUGAAGUUCAAUGUCUUGUACUAUAAGACAUCCUCUUCUUCAAGGUGUCUUUGGGACUGAUCCUUCACCCUGGCUUUCUGCUGCUUCUGAGAUGCAAAAAAAGUCUACCUUCUUUGUGAUCCUCUUAAUAAAUUUGAGCAUGCUGGCAUAA